AUGAGCUGGCAAGGUAUGUCAUGGACUCACUGUCAUGAUUACUGGCUAAGUCAACCAGGGUGGGUCGAUCAGACCCUGGUCGGGUCCAACAAAAUCGACAAGGCCGCCAUAUUCUCAGCAGCAGGCGAUGCCGAAUUCGCAUCAACUCCUGGGUUUGAUGUUCAGCUAGAAGAAAUCGAAUACAUCCUGAGGGGCUUUGAUGAUUCCAUCCCUCUAUACUCCGGAGGACUAUACAUUGCAGGGGAAAAGCUUCAGGUCACCAGAGCGGAUGAUCAAAGUAUCUAUGCUCAAAAGGAUGGGGAGGGUGUCUGUGUGAUGAAAUCAUCGGAAUCGAUCAUUGUCGCACAUUAUCCUGAAACAGUGCCACCCGGAGACGCCGCAAGCAUUAUCAGGCAGUUCGCAGCUUACUUGACUAGUAUAGGUUACUAG